AUGUCAAAGACAUCCAAGCAAUUGUACUCAGCCUCCACAGAUACAAGGGGACACAUUGUCAAGGCUGCGUUAGCCAAGUAUGGGACCAUGGAUAACCUUGUUCAACACCUUCGACCUGUCGUGGAGUGGGCCCCUAUCUCCCCAACUACAUUCUCUUCAAUUGCACACCCCGCUGAUAACGAAGCGAGUACCAACAUCACAAUCCCCUUCCUGGACUUCCUCGAGCAGUUUGAGAGAGAGGUCAGCGAUCAUGGCGGGUUGGCAGCGCAGAUUGAAAAUGUUAUAUUCAAGUGUAUUGACUUGAAUGGUCCUAUUCACCUUACCCCAGCUUAG